AUGAGCAGGAAAGUAGACAACCCUCGUAUCAUUCUCCUUGACUGCCCGCUGGAGUACAAGAAGGGCGAGAGCCAGACUUCGUUGGAAAUGACUGCUGAGACGGACUUUACGAGACCUCCCCCAGUGCAUCCCAGCCUCUCCCAGUGCAUCCCAGCCUCUCUCAGUCCACUCCAGCCUUUCACAGUGCAUCCCAGCCUCUCCCAGUGCAUCUCAGCCUCUCCCAUCCACCCCAGCCUCUCCCAGUCCACCCCAGCCUCUCCCAGUGCAUCCCAGCCUAUCCCAUUCCAUCCCAGCCAAUCCCAGUCCACCCCAGCCUCUCCCAGUCCACCCAAGUCCUCUCUCCACCCUUCACUCACCACCCAUUACUUCCCACAGAUUGGUGAUGAAUAUUUUACAUUUAUCACCAAGUGCCAGGACCCCAAGGUGGAGAGGAACCUUCAGGACGCCCUUGGAGUGGCCUGGAACUUGGCCCUGGAGCCCCGUCUGGUCCCUGGGGGCAGUGCGGUGGGCAUGGCAGUCUCUAACUUCCUACAGCAGAAGGCCAAGGGGGUGUCAGGGGUGAGGCAGUGGCCCUAUUCUGCUCUUGCCCAGGCUCUUGAGGGACUCAAAAAGAUGGAGACGUUAGGAUACCACACGGAGGGGGGUGAAGGAGCCUUGGGGAUGCCUGAAGGAGCAGCAGUGAAGGAGGGAGGCCUAGAGAUGAAGGAAAUGCAGAAAAUUCCUGCAAUACUGAACGCUUCUCUGGUCAGACUAUCCUUCACUGAAUAUUUGGACCGAGGCUUCGAGAUACGAGCUGAGCAUCUCUUCUCUCUGUACCAAGCACCGCCACGCAGCACCAGAGAGCCAUGA